AUGGCACAUUCAAUGGACACUGUCGUGUCUCGUCGGGCACAUGAGGCAUCUAUAGCUGUGUCCAAGAACCUCAUGUGGGACGUGCUUAGCAAUCCAUGGUGUCCAUCAACGAACCCAGAUGGAUAUGUCAACGUUGGAGUGGCAGAGAAUUCCCUCAUGCACGAUCAGCUGUUGGGUUUCAUCAAUAAGAAGCUCGACCUUCCCGCUAAAUACCUCACAUACAACGACGGAGGAUCAGGGUCAGUGAGACUCAAGCGAGCACUAUCGCAGUUCCUCAAUCGAUAUUUACAUCCCGCAAUACCCCUAGAUUCCAAACAUAUAAUAGUGACGAACGGGGUCUCUUCCGCAAUCGAACAUGUCUCUUGGGCAUUCACAGACCCCGGCGAAGGAAUCCUUCUAGGCAGACCGUUCUAUGGAACGUUCAUACCAGAUAUGUCCUUGCGACCCGGCGCAGUGGUCAUUCCUGUCAACUUUGGAGACUGUGAUCCGUUCAGCAUGGAGGCAGUUGACAGGUACGAGGAAGCUCUGUUGGACUUCCAACGGACAACAAACCAGAAAGUCAAAGCACUGAUGCUUUGCCAUCCUCACAACCCUCUUGGGCGUUGUUAUUCCCAAAACGUGAUCAUCAAAAUGAUGCAUCUCUGCCAACGGCACAACAUGCAUCUCAUCAGCGAUGAGAUAUACGCUCUCUCAGUCUGGGAGAAUACCGUAGAUGAGCAAGAGCAUCCACCCGUCGAAUUUCAUUCGACUCUGUCGAUCAAGUUAAACGGGGUCAUUGACCCGCGGCUUGUUCACGUACUAUGGGGCAUGAGCAAGGACUUCGGUGCAAAUGGACUUCGAGUUGGGGUCAUCAUAUCGCAGUCCAAUAAUGUCUUCCAUGAAGCGUUGAAAGGGAUCUCGCUGUAUUCCUACGCAUCUGGAGUCUCUGACUACUUGGCCUCACUUGUGCUGGAAGAUGUGAAAUUUGUUGAUGAAUAUUUACAUCAGAAUCGGGAGAAGCUAUCGAAUUCUUACACGUGUGCAGUUCAGUAUAUCAGAAAGCAUGAUAUUGAAUAUGCACAAGGCUGCAACGCAGCGUUCUUUCUAUGGGUCAACUUAGGAAAGAAGUACAGCCAGCUGCACCCCGAGCAGAAUACUGAAGACAUCAGUGACAAAGUCAUGCAAGUCUUGUUGAGGGAAAAAGUGUUUUUGGCCAGCGGUGAUUUGUUCGGAUCGGAGCAGCCUGGAUGGUUUAGGAUUGUCUUCUCCCAGCCGCGGGAUUAUUUGAUGGAGGCUUUACGGAGGAUCACAGAUGCGCUUGCGCUUGAAGAUUAG